AUGGCAGCAACAUUGGCCGAUUUCAAAGGGUGGCAAAUAAUGGUUAUGGAUGAGAAUGGACGACCGGUGAGCGAGGGAGGCCGAAGAAGGAGAAGGCGAAGGGAAGGUAGUGGGAAGGAGAUAGUGAGUUUACAGCGAAAGAGUGAUGGACUUAUUUUGACGUCUGGUGAUUCAAUUGUUUGCCGGGACCAGCAGACGAAUUCGCUGUCAAUUUAUAUGAUUCACGAGAUACGGCUGAAUACGGCGAGUAACUAUGUUGAAUUGUGGUGUUUGGCAUAUUUAUGUUGGUACGAAAUUAAUGCAGAGGAGUACUAUGCACAGUUUUUGCCGGAAGCGCUAGAGUCAUGUCCACAGUUCAAGACGGAGGUAGAACGGGCGGAGUAUUUUCAUGAGAAGUUUCAGCUAGAAUGUAAUCGUUCCGAGCUUUAUUUGACGGCCGAGGUGUCUGAGAUAUAUCUAAAAGACCUUGUUUCUCCGGCUGAGAUAUAUACACCAGGGAAUUAUCCUUCGGAGAUGGGCACUCAGGAGAAUCAGACACAUAUGUUUGUCGUGAGUAGUGCCUGUGAGCCCGAUGGGAACAAGUUUGUUCCAAUUGACAUCCGUGAAGUUGAGGAAAAGGUGCGCAAGUGGGACCCUGAAUCCAGUAAGAAGUAUUUGAAGGAAUUAACGGCUAAUAUUGGUGGUAAUUUAAAAAAGAGGACGACACCGUUUACAGGUCCAAAAAAGAAAAGUGGCAAGCCCAAGAAAGGGCCUGCAACCCUUAAGCGUGUUGUUGUGAAAAACGAAUCUGCGAGUAGCGUGUCUAACGAAGAACAGCCAAGUUUCAAGGAGAGUGGGCUAAACGUUGUACCUAAACAGGAGCCUGUCUUGGAAAUUGUAUUAAAGCCUACCAAGUCGAACAAAGAAACCGUUAGUGGCAGAGCAGACUCCAAAUUAGUUGAGAAACCGAACCAGAAUUCUGGAAAUCCUUUGAAAUCUAAAGAUAAAAGGUGGACUAAAGCGUCAGAUGGUUUGGAUAAAGAAAAUGGCCUGCCAAGUAAGAACAUAGGAAAAUCGGUUGACGAAUUUGCUCCUUCUAAAAGGCCCAACAACAAGAAAGCUCCGGUCACUAGGACCAGAACUACAGAAAAGACAGCAGCUAGAGGUUACAAAGGAAAUGUAACACACUCUGGUGAUGAUGAAUACGACUGGGAUUCUACUUCUGAUUCAUCAAGUCCUGGUUUAACUGAUGAAGAGUUUUUAAUAAAAGCUCGUGACGCUGAAUCCGAAAAUUAUGAGAUAUCAUCAGCAGACGAACUCGCUCUAACUAAUGAAGAAAAUAUAGACUUUGAAAGACUGGAAAGAAGUAUGGAAAAUGAAACUGAAUAUCAAAAUAGCACGUUUCCAAAACGUUCCAGAAGAACCAAUACGGAAGUGGGCCAUAGGAAACGUAAGCUUUCAAGUUCUCCGACAAAGGAAGUGGUGCCGUCUACGCCAAAGAAAUCAGCUAUAAAGAAGAAUGUUGCUCGUGCCAAAAAGGCAUAUACACCGUUUUCCAAGCUUUAUAGGAGACCCCAAGACAUUCCAGAUUUAAACAAAAAUGGGGAGUUUUAUCGAGAAUCACACGAUUGGGAUAUUUCUGCAUUGGAAAAUCAGUUUCGGUCUCCUACAAAGAAUAAAACUGUUGAAACUAUAUUUUCCAAGGUUAAAAGGCAGUUAAAUUCGACUCACGGGAAAGAGGAGAUUGUCAAAGCAUCUAAUUUUGAAGACUACCUUCCAGCUCGUGAGAAUGAAUUUGCUACAAUUUAUCUAAGCAUGUACAGUGCCAUUGAAGCCGGUACAGGGACGAGUAUUUACAUUGCCGGUACCCCGGGUGUGGGGAAAACAUUAACAGUUAGAGAGGUGGUUAAAGAAUUACUAAUAUCUGCUGAUAGGAAAGAGUUGCCGCAAUUCCAAUACAUAGAAAUAAAUGGGCUAAAGAUGGUUAAGCCAACAGACAGUUACGAGGUAUUAUGGAAAAAAAUAUCUGGCAGUACUUUGACAUCUGGUGCCGCUAUGGAAUCUCUGGAAUAUUAUUUUAAAGAAAUUCCACAAUCAAAGAAACGUCCUGUAGUUGUACUACUUGAUGAAUUAGAUGCUUUGGUCACAAAAACUCAAGAUGUAAUGUAUAAUUUCUUUAAUUGGACUACCUAUGAGAAUUCUAAAUUCGUCGUUGUUGCCGUGGCUAAUACAAUGGAUCUACCUGAACGUCAGCUUGGUAACAAAGUAUCUUCGAGAAUAGGAUUUACCAGAAUUAUGUUUACAGGGUAUACACACGAUGAGCUAAAAACUAUCAUUAAUUUAAGACUGAUGGGAUUAAACGAUAGUUACUUUUAUGUGGAUCCAACUAGUGGAAGUUCUUAUUUAUGCCAAGAUGGAAAUAUGGAUGAGCUGCCCAAGGAUAUUUCAAAGUUACAAAGAGUUAGGUUAAAGAUUAGUGAGGAUGCUGUGGAAAUUGCCUCAAGAAAGAUCGCCAGUGUAAGUGGUGACGCGAGGAGAGCACUUAAAGUUUGCAAACGUGCUGUUGAAAUUGCCGAACAUGAAUACAUGCAAAAUCAUGGAUAUGGGUAUGACGGAAAGUUAAUCAAGGAUAGAAAGAAAAGUACGAAACAAAAAGAUGGGUCAAAAGAGGAACUUCAAAAGGUGGAAAUUUACCAUAUCACUAAAGCUCUUCACGACGCGAUCAACUCCCCAACAGAUACAUUCAUGAGUAAGUUAUCUUUCACUAGUAAAUUGUUUCUUUAUUCACUAGUCAACCUAAUAAGGAAGUCAGGCAGCCAAGAACAGACUUUAGGUGAUAUUAUAGAUGAGAUACGACUGUUGUUAGAGGUCAAUGGAAAGAAUAAGUAUAUUUUAGAAAUGAAACGUGUGCUAUUCUUAAGCAAUGGCGCUGAAGAAGAUGAAGAAGAGCAAUUACGGAUCAUUUCCUGGGACUAUGUCAUCAACCAAUUAGUAGAAACUAGUCUGAUAAUCAAGCAAAACUUGAAAAAUGAACGCAUGUGCGCUAUCAAAUUAAACAUAUCCUUUGAGGAGGUUUGCAAGAACAUUAUGGAAGAUGAGAUGUUAAAAACACUUUAA